AUGAGUGAAACAUCAGUGACUAAAGACAAUCAAAUGAAUGAAACGGCAACUAAACCGUCGCGUCCACCAAUAACACGCGCAACAACUUUACCAACUACUCCGACAUCACCAUUAGCAACAAAUCCGUGGUAUCAACAGAGAUUUGAAUUGUAUCGCGAUGUAAUCGAAGAAAAACUACGGGAUGAAUAUCCCAAUCUACCUUCAAAACAUUCGAUUCAACCGGCAAAUAUUGAACAUUCAACUGUCAAAGGAUACGAUCUCGACUUUCCAAUUGAAUUAAACAACGGACAAAGUGCAAUUGUCUCUCUUGCGUAUGGGAAUGGUCCUCGGCCUCCGUAUACGAAAGACGAACGUCGUAAAUUGAUAACCAUUCGUCAAAAUACAACAGACAAUCAAUAG